GCCAUGGCCGAGGGCAGGAGCGGCAGCGCCGGGCUCUUCGCCAGGCAGGUCCAGAAGCGCUUCAGCCGCGCCCAGGAGAAGGUUUUGCAAAAACUGGGCAAAACCGUGGAAACCAAAGACGAGCAGUUCGAGCAGAGCGCCUCCAACUUCCAGCUGCAGCAGAACGAGGGUCACAAACUCUACAAGGACCUCAAGGGGUUCGUGGGAGCCGUGAGAGUGAUGCGCGAGAGCUCCCGCAGAGUGGCCGAGACGCUGCAGGAGAUUUACAGCGCCGAGUGGGACGGGCACGGCGAGCUCCGGGCCAUCGCCGAGAGCAACGACCUGCUGUGGGAUGAUUACGAGGCGAAGCUGGCCGACCAAGCCCUGAGGCUCGUGGAGAAUUACCUGGCUCAGUUCGGGGACUUCAAGGAGCGCAUCGCCAAGCGGGGCCGAAAGCUCGUGGACUACGACAGCGCCCGGCACCACCUGGAGGCUCUGCAGAGCGCCAAGAAAAAGGACGAGGCCAAAAUCGCCAAGGCUGAGGAGGAGUUCAACAAAGCCCAGGCGGUGUUCGAGGACCUGAACAACGAGCUGCGGGAGGAGCUGCCCGUCCUGUACGGCAGCCGCAUCGCCUGUUACGUCACCGUUUUCCAGAACAUCUCCAACCUCCGCGAUGUCUUCUACAAGGAGAUGAGCAAGCUCAACCGGGACCUGUACGAGGUGAUGAGCAAACUGGAGAAGCAGCACUCGAGCAAGGUGUUCAUCAUCAAAGGUGUCCCCAGCAACCGCCGCUCUCUGGUCAUCUCGGCUCCCGUGAGCCCCCCGGCCGUGUUCCCGUGCCCGGACAAGGCGCCCGCCGUGGGCACCGAGGUGACACCGGGGUCCCCCGGCGGGGACAGCGCUGCCACCGACGCGGCCACCAACGGGGACCUGGGCGCUGUUUCCCCCGGGCCACCCCCGGCCUCGCCCGCCAGCGCGGGGUCCCUGGACACGGCGUCGGUGUCCAGCGAGGAGAUCGCGGAGCCGGGCCGCGACAACGAGCAGGCGACAUCGGUGACAGCGUCGGUGUCGAGCCAGGAGACCGCGGAGCCCGGCCCCGACUCUCCCGGCGCUCCGGGGGGGCCCGAUGGCAUCGCCACCUCCCUGGCGUCGCUGAUUUUAUCCGAGGCCAUCGCCCAGGCCGCCGGCACCUUGUCACCAGAGCCGGGGACAGCCGAGGACACGGCGGGGGACACGGGCACGGCAGGGGACACGGGCACGGCGGGGGACACGGCCACGGCGGGGGACACGGCCACGGCACGCUCCGCGCUGCCGCCGUCCCCCACGGCAGCUGUCCCCGGCCGUGCCCUCGGUCCCUCGGAGGUGGCACCGGCGUGUCCCCGGGAGCAGCGCCAGCCCGGCGGGGACAUCGAGGACAGCGCGGAGGUGACGGACUCGGAGCCAGAUGCGCCCGAAACUCAGGGUUGUUCCGGGACACCGGAGCAGGACACGAGCCUGGACACGAGCCAGGACCCCUCAGGUGCCGCGGAGCCCCCCCAGGAUCCCCCCGAGUCCUUCAGCGCCCUGUGAUCCCCCGGGAAACGCGGCGUCUUCCCCGAAUUCAUCCCCCAGAAAGCAUUUCCCAGCCCCCGUCCGGUCCGAAAUAAAGAUGGGAGA